UGGCUUGAUUUUGCGCGCGAGAAGAAUGCGACAAUCAUCGAGGAUCUCUUCGACCAGAUAUACCGCGACUUGCGACCCUUUUGGGGCGUUCCGGCGAUGGAUAUACGGUCUUUUGCGAGGAACUUUGAGCAUCGUGUCUCUGUGCGAAAUGGAACGGCAGAGAUGACUACGAAUCACGCUGGCGGGACGGCCAAUGAUCGGAUGGAGGCCUGGUUGGAGCUGACAAGGAGUAUCGCGGAUUAUUUACCUGAUGUGGACAUGGCGAUCAAUGUCAUGGAUGAGAGCCGUGUCGUUGUGCCUUGGGAGGACAUUGACGGGUUUGUCCGGAAAGAGAGCGAGUCAAGAAGAGUGAUGGAUGAGUAUCGGGUCCAACAUCGAUUGCCUACUCUCAACAUCUCCGCUGAGCAAUCAGAACAACCGACUAAAGUGGAAUGGAUUGGUCCAGGCGAGCGUUUCUGGGACAUAGCUCGUGUGGGUUGCUCACCCCAAUCGCCAGCCCGACAAGUCAUUGCUGUUACGAACUUCACUGGCCCUCCCCCCAUGCCGUCGGGCUUUCCCGAGGGCUCCUUCGAGGGUUAUGUGCAGAAUUGGACUAUGGUGAGGGACCCGUGUCAGCAACCAACUCUUCAGGAAUCCCACGGGACUUUCGUCGAGCCUGUCUCUAUCUCUACGACUCGCUCACUAGUUCCUAUCUUCGGCGAGUCAAAGCUCUCUAUGAAUAACGACAUCCUUAUCCCACCUGCUGCAUACGUGUCUGAUGGCUUCUCUGGGGGUUUAUAUGCUGACACUCGUGGACAUGGCGGAGAGUGGAUAGAUAAGAUCGCAGGUGCAGUGUGGCGAGGUGUUGCAAGCGGUGGGCGAAACAGAGAAGAGAACUGGACGCGCUUCCACCGUCACCGCUUCGUUUCCAUGAUGAACGGCACUUCUGUAGAAACCGCCGAAACAAACAGCGACACGGAUGACAGGGCUCCAAAUUUCAAUCUACCAAAUCACCGAGCAUACCAUCUCAUUGCCACAAAGGCCCAAAACCUUGGAACGUGGCUUAAUCGCCUCACAAAUGUCGGCUUCACGAACCUUCUCUGUUUUCCCCUGACUAAGGCACCGACAUGCAACUACACGGACCCCUACUUCACCCUCGCGCCCAAUAUCGACAUGGCAAGUCUAUACGACUACAAGCUCCUCCCCGAUAUUGACGGAAACUCGUUCUCGGGUCGCUACCUUGCGUUCCUGCGUUCCACGUCCGUCCCUGUCAAGGCGACCAUCUACUCCGAAUGGCAUGACGAUCGGCUGAUACCAUGGCUGCAUUUCAUACCCAUGGAUAACUCCUUCGUGGAUGUGUACGGGAUUAUGGACUACUUUCUCGGGACUGCCAUGGGCUCCAAGACUCUAGAUAGUGGGGCUCUGGGCGCAGGAGCGCGUGACGGGGAAGCAAGGCGUAUCGCGGUCCAGGGGAAGGAGUGGGCCGAGAAGGUGCUCAGGAGGGAGGAUAUGCAGAUUUACAUGCUGAGGUUACUACUGGAGUAUGCGAGGUUGUGUGCCGAUGAGAGGGAACAGUCGGGGUUCGUUGGGGAUCGAGUGGAGAGACCUGUUUUGCAGGGGCUGGCGGGGGAAAAGGGAGUGAAUUGGAGGAUUUAGUGGGGAAGUCUGUUGGAGUGGGGGUAGUUGGUGACAAGAUUGGAGAGUAGUGCAUAUGCAAGGGAAAGACGUUUUGGGAAGAUGGGGCGACGAGAGGAGAGAUCUCUCCGUCUGACACGCGGUGUUACGGCGUUGGUGGCGAGGUGCAGAUGGUAUUACCGAGCACGAGCAUAUU